AUGACUGCUCCUGCUGCUACCGAAUCAAACGGUCCACAAACCUUGUAUGACAAGGUUUUCCAGGACCAUAUUGUCCAUAAGGAUGAAUCUGGAUCAUAUUUGUUGUAUAUUGAUAGACAUUUGGUUCAUGAAGUUACUUCUCCACAAGCUUUUGAAGGUUUAAAGAAUGCUGGUAGAAAAGUUAGAAGAGUUGAUUGUACCUUGGCUACAGUGGAUCACAACAUCCCUACUGAAUCCAGAAAGAAUUUUGUCGAUACUGCAUCUUUCAUUAAGCAAGCCGAUUCCCGUUUGCAAGUUCAAACUUUGGAACAAAACGUUAAGGAUUUUGGAGUCACAUUUUUUGGUAUGACUGAUGCUAGACAAGGUAUCGUGCAUAUUAUUGGUCCAGAACAAGGUUUCACAUUGCCAGGCACCACUGUGGUGUGUGGUGAUUCCCAUACUUCUACUCACGGUGCGUUUGGUGCACUUGCAUUUGGUAUUGGUACCUCUGAAGUUGAGCACGUCUUGGCUACCCAAACCAUUAUUCAGGCCAAGUCGAAGAACAUGAGAAUUUACGUUGAUGGUCCAUUGUCCCCAUCAGUGACUUCUAAGGAUUUGAUCUUACACAUCAUCGGUGUCAUUGGUACUGCGGGUGGUACUGGUUGUGUUAUCGAAUUCGCAGGUCAAGCAAUUGAGGAACUGUCUAUGGAAGCCCGUAUGUCCAUGUGUAAUAUGGCCAUCGAAGGUGGUGCCAGAGCCGGUUUGAUUCAACCAGAUCAAACUACUUUCGAUUACAUCAAGGGUAGACCUUUGGCUCCAAAGGGCGCUGAAUGGAACAAGGCUGUCGCCUACUGGAAGACUUUACACACCGAUGAAGGUGCUCAGUUUGAUUACGAUAUCACUAUUAAAUCAACUGAUGUCAUCCCAACAAUCACUUGGGGUACUUCUCCACAAGAUGCAUUGCCAAUCACUGCCUCUGUUCCAGAUCCGGCAACCAUCUCUGAUCCUGCUGUAAAGGCUACUGUGGAAAGAGCUUUGAAAUACAUGGGCUUGACUCCAAACGUUCCAUUGAAAGAACUUUCUAUCGAUAAGGUCUUUAUCGGUUCUUGUACCAAUGCUAGAAUUGAGGAUUUGAGAGCUGCUGCUGCCGUCGUUAAGGGACAUAAGAAAGCUGAUAAUGUUAAAUUGGCUAUGGUUGUUCCAGGUUCUGGUUUGGUGAAGAAACAAGCUGAAUCUGAAGGCUUAGACAAGAUUUUUGAGGAAGCUGGUUUCGAAUGGAGAGAAGCUGGUUGUUCUAUGUGUCUAGGUAUGAACCCAGAUAUUUUGGACCCUGAAGAACGUUGUGCUUCUACUUCCAACAGAAACUUUGAAGGCCGUCAAGGUGCUCUAUCUAGAACUCAUUUAAUGUCUCCAGCAAUGGCUGCUGCUGCUGGUAUUGCUGGUCAUUUCGUUGACAUUAGAGAUCAUGAAUACAGAAACAGCGAUGUUCCAAAGGUUUCCAUUGAGCAAGAAGCUGAAGACAAAAUCUUGCAAAAUGCUGUCUAUGAACACGAAAAAGAACCAAUCGAAGAGGGCGAGUCAGUGGAUGAACAAGUCGAUGAUCAACAAUUGGAUAUCCCACCUUCUGAUCAUGUAACAAAGGAAACCCCUCUCAAAGAUGCUCCAACAUCUGCUCCAAAAGGUAUGGAUCCUUUCCUAAAAUUGGACGGUAUUGCUGCUCCAGUUGACAAGGCGAACGUUGACACUGAUGCCAUCAUUCCAAAACAAUUUUUGAAGACUAUUAAGAGAACAGGUUUGAAGAGUGGUUUGUUCUAUGAAUGGAGGUUCACCAAAGGUCCUGACGGUAAGGAUGUAGAAACUGAUUGGGUCUUGAACGUUGAACCUUGGAGAAAUGCUGAAAUCUUGGUCAUUACUGGUGAUAACUUUGGUUGUGGUUCUUCCAGAGAACACGCACCAUGGGCCUUGAAGGAUUUCGGUAUCAAGUGUAUGAUUGCCCCAUCUUUCGGUGACAUUUUCUACAACAAUUCCUUCAAAAACGGUUUGCUUCCAAUCAGACUUCCUGAAGAUUUAAUCGUAGAAAAGCUUUCGCCAUUGGCAGAAGCUGGUGCUAAAUUGAUAGUCGAUUUACCAUCGCAGAAGAUCAUGGAUGCUGAAGGUAAUGUUCUUGUGGAUCAUUUCGAUGUUGAGCCUUUCAGAAAACACUGUUUGGUUAACGGUCUUGAUGAUAUUGGUAUCACAAUGCAGAAAGAAGAGUACAUUGCUAAGUAUGAAGCCAUGAGAAGAGACAGGUUCUCUUUCUUAGAAGGUGGUUCCAAACUAAUAAAACCUAUCAAGGGUACUAAGAAGAGUCCAUUUGGUAACAGGGCUCAAGAGUGGUAA